CAUCACAUUCAUUUUAACAGUUUCAACCAACACAAGCAUGAAAGUCUUGGUUCUAUUGGUUGCUCUAGCGGGGAUCGCCACAGCCGUGGACUAUUGCGCCUUGCCUACAUGUCUGGACAAGCACAUUGCUUGCAACAAUAAGGGCAACUUUAGCGAGGAAUGCCCUAAGGAUGUCCGUGAGAUUAAGCUGGAUGGACAUCAGAAGCUGAUUCUAGCAUUGUUCAAUGAGUUGCGCAACAAGGUCGCCGGCGGCAAAUUUGAGGGUCUACCCAAGGCGGCGCGAAUGGCCAAGAUGUCCUGGUGCGAGGAGCUCACUCAUUUGGCACUACUCAAUGUGAAGACUUGCCAGUCCCUGCCAGACAAGUGCCGCAGCACUGAGCGCUUUGCAUACGCUGGCCAAAACAAUGCCAUUUUCAGCUAUAGUGGUCCCGAGUCGGAGUACACCGAUGCGGAGAUCAUCAAGGAGCAGAUUGAGAAUUGGUUCUCCGAGCGCACUCACACCUCUCCUGAGAUUCUUGCCAGCUUCCCUGAAGAUCUGCCCAACAAGGCGAUUGCCAAAUUCACCAUAGCCGUCGCCGAGAAGAACACCCAUGUGGGCUGUGCCGCCGUACGCUUCUCUCGUGACUUUUACAACCACUUCGUGCUCACCUGCAACUUUGCCACCACUAACGUGAUUGGACAGCCCGUCUACACACCCGGCGAUCGUGCCACAGCCGGUUGCAAGAAUCGCUAUGGCGCUGCCUUUGACUAUCCCAAUCUAUGCUUCGCUAAGGAGAUCUAUGACAAUGACAAAAUUGUUCCUGAUAUUAAGAUAAACUAAGAGUACCAUUUACCAUAACAAUAAUCGCAUAGCCAAUUAAAUUGACGACCCCACCACCAUUCAGA